CCUCAUCAUCAUCAUUGUCCAUUGCAAUUUCGUGUAAACUGUUCAGUUCAGUUGAGUUCUUUUUGUGUUGAUUGAGGAGUAUUUCAUUCCCACAAUCCUUCUUCUUUCUGUGGUUGAGCAGGUGCCUUGAUUCCUCGCUUUGAGUCAACACGUCAAGUGCCCUGUCACUUCCAUUCCACGACUACGGCACCAAAUUGCCCCGCGCCACACUUUACUUUUUCAACCUCAAGUGGCUGUGCGCAUCAACCAUCAGUCAAUUCUUCUCAACGCGAAUUGUCCAAACUCUAUACCUUAUCGCCAACGUGUCGACAACGAAGCUUCAUUCCAUUCCUUGAUCCCAAAGUCUUCAGCCUUCACAUGUUUCUUCCUGUCUAAGCACAAUUGAAACCCCCUGGCCCGGGUAACGGCCCCCAGUCAUCAUGUUGGAAGGACUGGUGGCAAACCUCCUCAACCGCUUUCUGGGCAUGUACGUCAAGAACUUCGACCCUAAGCAGCUCAAUGUCGGCAUCUGGUCAGGCGACGUCAAGCUCCGGAAUUUGGAAUUGAGGAGGGAAGCCCUUGAUCAACUACAUUUACCUAUCAACGUUGUCGAAGGUCGAGUUGGAGAGCUAACCUUAUCAAUUCCCUGGUCUAACCUCCGAGGCAAACCAGUCAGGGUCAACAUUGAGGAUGUCUUCCUACUCGCAGCCCCCAAAGAAGAGGAUGAGUACGAUCAUGAUGAAGAGGAAAAGCGUGCUGUUGCUGUCAAACUUGAGAAACUCGAAAGUGCCGAAUUGCUCAAGGAACGCAAUACCGAAUCCAUGAGCCCUGAGGAACAGCAAAAGAACCAGAGCUUUACCCAGAGUCUCGUCACUGCAAUCGUCGACAACCUCCAAGUCAGCAUCAAGAAUGUGCACCUGCGUUAUGAGGACUCGAUAGCAACUCCAGGCCAUCCAUUUGCUGUCGGUAUCACCUUGAAGGAAAUGUCCGCAGUUAGCACGGAUUCUGAAUGGCGUCCAACGUUUAUCCAAUCCACGUCCGGAACGACUCACAAGCUCGCUGUCCUCAACUCUCUUGCACUGUACUGGAAUAGCGAUGCCGAACUGUUUGGAACCGGCAGAGGAGGCGACGUUGGCGCCGCCGCUCAGGAGAUUGACAAGGACGAAUUGAUUGCAAAAUUUAAAGAGGCCAUCGAAAACACUGGCAAUUCUCAGUACCUCCUCAAACCUGUCUCCGGCCGCGCCGGCAUCGAGAUGGACAAAACUGGCAAAAUCGAGAAACCAAAGAUCAAGGCCCGCCUUCUUUUCCAAGAACUCGGCUUCAUCCUCGACGAAGAUCAAUAUCGCGACGCUCUUAUGCUGGUUGACCUAAUGCAUUACUUUGUCCGCCAUCAAGAGUAUAAAAAGGAGCAGCCCGACAAGACUCCCAAGGAAGACCCCAGAGCCUGGCUCAAGUUUGCUGGUUCAGCUGUCUUGAACAAAAUUCACGAUCGUAACCGGAGGUGGACCUGGGAUUAUUUCAGGGAACGGAGGGACUCUCGGCUGAGAUAUAUUGAGCUCUUCAAGAAGAAAAAGAAAGAACAGCCUCUCACAGACCAAGAAGCCAAAGAGCUUUCAGAUCUUGAAUUUAAGCUUACGUAUGAAGACCUGCGCUUUUGGAGGUCCCUAGCUCGGAGCCAGCUUCGAAAGGAGAAUAUCGGCGCCCCCAAGCCUGCUCAGAAACAGACGUGGUCUGCAUGGAUCUGGGGCUCCAAGACCGAGACAACACCAGAAGAUGGCGAGUCAGGCAUGACCGAAGAACAGCGCAAGGAAUUGUACAAGGCCAUCGAUUGGGACGAAAAGAAAGCAAUCGCCGACAGUGUCGAUCUUCCACGGGAAACCAUCAAGCUUCAAGUCGAAUCGAGUCUCCGCACUGGCAGCUUCACCCUCAAACGCGACCCACACGGGAAAGCAAACGAAGUCCUCAAAUUGGUCUUCGAUAACUUCACUGCCAAAGCUCUUCAAAGGCCGGACUCCUUUCUCGCCGACCUCGGUCUUGGAGGUUUCCGCGUUUAUGAUGGCACAACCGAAGGUAGCUUAUUUCCUCAGAUCGUCCGAGUCAAAGGUGUCAAGGAGCAGGACAAAGACGAUGUCAAGGAAGAAGAGCCAGGGAGCUUGGACGACGAAUCCUCAGAUGAUGAAGAUGGCCCACAAGACCAGCCGCCUUCAGCAGACAACUUGUUUCAUCUCGUCUUUGAGAACCAUCCACUUGAUGAAAGUGCCGAUACAAAGGUCAUGCUGAAGCUCAAAAGUCUCGAGUUCAUCCACAAUCCCAAGUUUGUGGUCGAAAUCGCCAAGUUUUUCAAGCCUCCUGAAAGACAGAUGGAGUCGAUUGGGGCACUCCUGGAAACUGCGGGAGCGACAGUCGAUGAAAUUCGACAACAAACCAGAGCCGGCCUCGAAUUUGCUCUCGAAGAACACAAGACCAUCAAUGCCAACAUCGACAUACAAGCUCCCAUCUUCAUCAUUCCUGAAAGUAUCACACAGGAGAGCACUCUUUGUAUGAUACUUGACGCUGGCCAUGUCAGCCUGAAAAGCGAGCUGGUGAAUAAGGAAACCAUGCAAGAGAUGCACUCCAAACGGAAGCAGCAAUAUACCAAAGAAGAUUUUCAACAGCUUGAGGGUCUGAUGUACGACAAGUUCCACCUGAAUCUGAGUUCGACUCAAGUACUCAUUGGACCUGGUAUUGAAGCCACACGAGCCCAGCUCGAGGUUCAAGAUGAUACAAAGAAUAUGCAUAUUGUUGACCGCAUCAACAUGGACUUCCUCAUUGAGAACUCCAUCCUACCCAAGGACCCAAGCAUUACGAAAAUCCGAAUUUCCGGCUCAAUGCCAGUGCUUCAUGCGUCAAUCUCAGACCGAAAGUACAAAAACCUGAUGAGGCUGAUCGAUGUUGCCAUUCCCAAGUUUAACGAUUCGAAUACUCAAGUCGUCUCCGACGAAUCGACCGAACAAACCAGCAAGACUGUCGAAGACACCAAAGCGAAGAGAAAGUCAGUAGCCUUACUCGAAGCCAAGGACAUUCCUGUCAUCGAUCAUGAAUCCGAUUCCGAAGAUGCGCCAGCCGACAGCAAGACUGACAAGCCAGAGACUCCCGCAAACAUUCAUCAGCGAACAUUUGAGAUCAAAUUUACGGUCGAAAAGCUGCAAGCCUCUCUGUACAAGGCUGAUCCCGAGGACAAGAAGCCUGAUCAAUUGCUCGUCGAACUCGUGGCCGAGCACUUCUUCUUCGACUUUUACCUUCGACCGUAUGACAUGGCUGCAGAAGUCAUUCUCCGCUCUCUGACAGUCGACGAUCAUAUAGAGGAUGAACCUCUCCCGGAGUUUAAGCAGAUUAUCUCGUCUAAAGGAUUCAAAGCCGAGGAAGGGAAAGACCUCUUCAAUAUCAAGUUUGUCAAGGUCAACCCGCAGUCCCCCGAGUUCGAAUCGACAUACGAGGGCAUCGCUACCAAUCUCGAUGUUUCUGUGUCUACCAUCAAUGUCAUUGUAACGCGGAGAACGUUGCUGACCUUGCUUGACUUUGUACUCACAACAUUUGCUGGCCCUGGCGAUAAAUCGCCAAGUCAAGAUGAGAAGCAAAUCGAACAAAGCAAGGACUCGGCUGAACUUGCAGCCCCAGCACCGCAGCAAACUGACAAAAUACGUAUCAAGGCGGCAUUGAAAAGUAUCGCUCUCAUUCUCAACAAUGACGGCGUCCGCCUCGCUACUUUAUCUCUGAACUCUGGUGAUGUCGGUGUCUUUCUAGAUGCCGGCACGAUGCAAGUCAAGGCACGUCUGGGCAGCUUAUCCCUUGUUGAUGAUGUCAAUCAAGGCGCACCAGAAGAUUCGUCACUCCGUCGCUUGAUUGCCAUUGAAGGGGACGAUCUUGCCGAUUUCAAGUACCAAACUUACGACUCUUCGAAACAGAACUAUCCUGGCUACGACUCGGGUAUCUUUUUGCGCUCCGGCUCAAUCAAGGUGAACUUUCUUGAAGAACCAUUCAGAAAGAUCAUGGAAUUUGGGGUCAAAUUUGGCAAGAUGCAGGCCAUUUUCAAUGCUGCUCGACAAGCUGCUGCAAAUCAAGCGAACCAAGUCCAGCAAAGCGCGCAAAAAAUGCACUUUGACAUUGUCAUCAAGACACCUAUUGUGGUUUUCCCACGAGCUAUGGUGGAUGAUCGCCCACGAGACUUGCUCACGGCCUAUCUAGGCGAAAUCUAUGCAAAAAACAAGUUUGUCGGUCUACAAGGCCAGAAGGGCGGACCAAUGAUCAACAAGCUGUCGGCCGGUAUUCGCAAUAUCCGUCUCACAUCCGAAUUCAAUUACGAGGAUGGAGAGUCACAGGAACUGGAGAUGAUUGAUACUGUUGACCUUGAUUUUAAAAUCAAGUAUCUUGAGCAUCAAUCCGGUCUUGAAAGGCCAGAUCUCGAGAUUGAAGGAGGGAUCUCGCCCAUCAAUUUGAAAGUGUCGCAAAGUCAAAUCAAACUUUUGAUGGAGUUAUCCAAAACCAUUCCAGCCGCUUUCGCAACUGAAAACGAAUCAGAUGAAGCGAUCGCCGAGGAGCUCCCUAAAUCAACGACAGAGCCUGCACAGUUGAGUCAAAAGGAAGACCAAGAAGUACAGACUUCACGACCUUCAUAUCAAGCACCCGAACUUGGGAUCAGCGAUGAAAACUGGACAAAAUUAAAUCUGGUCUUUACUGCUCCAAUGAUCAGUCUGGAGCUGAUCCUAGCAAAAGAUGACGAACCUCUGGAUUCAUUUGAAAGUGCAAGCAUCUCAAAAUUCUCUCUCAACGAGACAAACGUCAAACUACGGAUGGUUAGUGAUGGCGCACUCGAGUCUGAGCUCCUCAUUCAUUCCUUCACUAUUCGCGACAGUCGAACGAAAGACUCGAAUAAGUUUCGAAAGAUCAUGUCUUUGAUCAACAAUGAUGUCCAACAGCAGUUCAUGGCUAGUGUUUCCAUCUCUGGCGGUUCGAAACGCCAGAUGAUUGUCAUGUUGACAAUCGACAGCCCUAGGAUCAUUGUCGCCCUCGACUAUCUCUUCGCUUUGCAAUCGUUUGCGAAUAGCGCUUUGGCGUCUGAUGAGCCGCCGCCCAUAUCCGAUGUGUCCGAGAUCUCUUCCGAGGACGAUCCCCUCAGCCCACAAGAUGAGCAGAGAGAACUGACUAUAAGUGACAGCCCUUCACCGGAGGAGAACUCUAUGGAUGUCUCGUUCCGCAUUAAUAUUGUGGAUGCUCAAAUCAUCCUCAUCGCGAACCCUGCGAUUUCAAAUACCGAAGCCAUCGUCCUAGGCACAAGAGAAGUCCUCGUCUCUCGACAGAAUGCAACCACCCUUCAAAUCACAAAAGUUGGGAUGUUCCUAUGUCGGAUGGACAGAUUCGAGACAAGCCGUUUGCGAAUCUUGGAUGAUUUCAGCGUUCAAAUGUCCAUGGACAGCCGCACUCAAGGCAAAGACUCAUCCCUCACAUCCAUUCAUAUCGGAAUUGAGCCACUCGUUCUAAGACUCUCCCUACGGGAUAUCCUCUUGGCUAUGCAAAUAGUUAGCAAGGCAUCAUCAACUAUGCCGCAAACCCAGAUGCAAGAAGAUUCUGAACCUCGAAAGAUCAAAGAGGUCAAGGGCUCGUCGAAAGCACCAUCCACAAAACGCAAGUCCAUCGGAGGAGGUACGACUACAACGGCAAGAAGAUCCCAGCGUAGAAAAUCAAUUUCCAAAUCCGGUUCAAAGCCAGGCCCGCCAAAGAAGUCGGUGGUCAUGAGUCGAGAAGAACUCGUUGCACAACUCGACGGCAUCCGUGUUGUGCUGAUCGGCGAUAUGCACGAACUGCCACUUCUGGACUGGAGCGUCAAGAAGUUCGAUGUUGACGUGCGAGACUGGUCGGGGGCAAUGACCGCAGACACAAAGUUCGACACAUUUAUCAAUGUCUACAACUUCUCCAAAUCAGCUUGGGAACCAUUGAUUGAGCCCUGGAAAUUAGGCUUCCACAUGUCCAAACAGACGCAGCCUGAGGUCAUGUCAAUGGAAGUCUACUCACAUAAAAACAUGGAACUCACAAUCACGUCCGCUACAAUUGCACUAGCGUCCAAGUCGUUCGACUUUUUGUCCACCGAGGAGGAUAUCCUGUCCAAGCCAAGAGUCGCAGAUGCCCCGUAUCGAAUCCGGAACUACACAGGAUUCGACCUCAGUGUCUGGGCCGAUGAGAAGAGCGACAAUGCCAAUGCCGCCAAGCUCAGUGAUGGAGAAGAGUAUGCGUGGCGUUUUGAGGAUGCCACAACCAUGCGUGAGAAGCUCACUCCAGAAGGCAACGCCGGCUUGGUAGGUGUCAAGAUCGAGGGCAGUGGAUUCGACAGUGUCAGUCGCAUUCCCGUCAUUCGUGAGGGUGAGACGUUGUACAAUCUCAAGCCGAAGAAAGAUGGAGUUCAGCAUCGGUUGCUUGUCGAGGUCACGUUAGGAUCGGACAACGUCAAGUACAUCACAUUCCGAUCACCUUUAUUGGUGGAGAACAAGACCCAGAUACCCAUCGAAAUUGGAGUCUACAGCCCUGAGGAUGGUCACUUACUCAAAAUCGAGAAGAUCCCUCCUGGAGAGGCCAAGCCUGCCCCAGUUGGCGCAGCUUUUGUCCAUUCGCUCGUCUUACGUCCUGACCAAGGUUUCGGCUAUGGCUGGUCAAACGAGCGUCUUUUCUGGAGGGAUCUGUUGAAGCGAUCUACUCGAACAAUCACAUGUCAGACGGAAAGUCGAGAUGAUUCGCCACCAUUUUACUUCCAAAUGCAUGCGGCGUAUAACCAGAAAGAUCCGAUGACCAAGUCCUACCCGUAUAUGCGUAUUCAAGUUUCGGCACCUAUCGAGGUGCAGAAUUUGUUGCCUUAUGAUUUCAGGUAUCGGAUAUAUGACAAGAACACCAAAAAGGACUGGACCAACUUUCUGCGUAAAGGGGGUGUCAGUCCGGUACAUGUGGUUGAACUCUCUCACCUACUUCUAUUGAGUGUCGACAUCGAGGAUACGUCUUUCCGGACCAGCGAUUUUGCCAUCAUCAACAGCAAUACGCAAGAAGACUUCCGCCGCGAAAAGACACUCCAGAUAAAGGAUGAAUCUGGAGCAAUGCUUCGGUUGAAACUUCACUAUACCAACAUCAAGGACAGCGGGGGAGCCUUUAGAGUUUCGGUCUACAGUCCAUAUGUCCUCUUGAACAAGACUGGACUGGACAUGAGCGUGCAAAGCAAAGCAUUCUUUGGCUCUUCCAGACCUGCCGCUGCACAUGGCGCACGAACUAGCUCCGGAAAAGGCAAAGCCCUACCAAUGCUUUACUCAUAUGCCAGCGACGAUCGGAAGAAUCGGUCGCUGUUGAAGAUAGGUGACUCGACUUGGAGCAAACCACAGAGUUUUGACGCCAUUGGAAGUGCUUAUGAGGUUGUGUUACCUUCAGCAAAUGGUCGAUCGGAAUUACACGUGGGGGUGUCUGUCACCGAAGGGGAGGGCAAGUACACCUUGAGCAAGGUGGUCAGUAUGUCACCUCGAUUUGUUCUCAAGAACAAGAUCGGCGAAGACCUGGAACUACGUGAGCCAGGUUCCUCCGAGGUCAUCAAGCUCAAGAGCAACGACCUUCAGCCCGUCUACUUUAUGAGACAGAAUCCGGAGAAGCAGCUUUGUUUGUGUUUCCCCGGUGUCAACAAUCAGUGGUCAUCUCCGUUCAAUCUGUCCAAUGUCGGCAUGACACACGUGAAGCUUGCGAAGCAUGGCCAGCGGCAGAAACUGAUUCGUGUUGAAAUCAUCCUGGAAGGUGCAACAUUGUUCCUCCAUUUCAGCAUCGAAACGAAACAUUGGCCAUUUUCUAUGAGAAAUGAAAGCGACACAGAGUUCUUGUUCUUCCAGGCCAACCCGAACAUUACAGAAGAUGAGGAGGAAGACCGUGGGAGUGGUUGGAAACCCAUCCGCUAUAAAUUACCACCACGAAGCAUUAUGCCAUACGCCUGGGACUAUCCUGCAUCCAAGAAUAAGGAGCUUGUCCUUACUUCAAGGGGUAAGGAGAGAUAUGUCAAGCUCGCUGAGAUUGGCAACUUGAUUCCCAUCAAACUCCCACCAGAUGAUCGCAACAGUCCCAUGAAGGUGAUUGAUGUCAACAUUGUGGCGGACGGUCCAACCCAGACCCUGGUUCUAUCCAACUACAAACCAUCAAGGUCGUUAUAUCGCCAGAAGACAAAUGCAACCACUACAUCACAAACCAGCUUGAAUCAAGGCUUUGAAGUCAAACAGAUCGAAUCUGAAGUCAAUUUCAAGGCAGAACUUCGACUUGCUGGCAUCGGCAUCUCCUUGGUCAAUACCAAGAUGAAGGAACUUAUGUAUCUUACUUUCCGUGAGAUCGAGUUCAAGUAUGGUGAUUCGAAGCUCUACCAGACAAUCAACACAACCAUCAAAUGGAUACAGAUUGACAACCAAUUGUAUGGUGGCAUCUUCCCAAUUCUGCUAUAUCCGAGCGUGGUUCCAAAGACUGGCAAGGAGAUGGAAGCGCAUCCAAUCUUCCACACAAUGGUCACUCGAGUCAAGGACGAUUCUUAUGGUGUGCUGUACAUCAAAUAUGCCACUCUCCUUCUACAACAGAUCACCAUUGAGCUUGAUGAAGAUUUCAUUUUCUCCAUGCUCGAUUUCCUCAAGGUUCCUGGUGCCUCAUGGUCGGAAGAAAAGGAAGGGAAGCUCUGUGAUGAAGAUCUCGAUGUUCCCGAACCAACCCUUGAGCAACAAGGUCAAGAUGUGUAUUUUGAACUCUUACACCUCCAGCCCAUCCAACUCGAUCUCUCGUUUGUGCGCACAGAGCAUGUCAACGCCGAGGACAAUUUUGUCAACAGUCCUCUCAUGUUCCUAGUCAAUGUCAUGACCAUGUCUAUCGGCAAUGUCAACGAUGCGCCAAUCAAACUGAACGCUUUGAUGCUGGAAAAUGCCCGCAUCUCCAUUCCAGCACUUAUGGCCAACGUCCAGAACCACUAUACCCAAGAAGUCUUGCGACAAGUACAUAUCAUUCUCGGGUCGGCCGACUUCCUCGGUAAUCCUGUCGGUCUCUUCAACAGUGUCAGUUCUGGAGUUGCGGACAUUUUCUAUGAACCUUACCAAGGUUUGGUCAUGACAGACCGACCUCAAGAGUUGGGUAUCGGGAUCGCCAAGGGUGCAAGCAGCUUUGUGAAGAAAUCCGUCUUUGGAUUUAGCGACAGUAUGGCCAAAUUCACUGGAUCCAUGUCCAAGGGUCUUGCCGCUGCAACGCUUGACAAGGAAUUCCAAGAUCAACGUCGCAUGUCCAAGAGUCGUAAUCGACCAAAACAUGCCUUGUACGGUGUGACAUCAGGCGGCAACGCCUUUGCGUCAAGUGUUGCCAGUGGCAUUGGCGGGCUUGCACGACAUCCCCUCGAAGGCGCAGAGAAAGAAGGUGCAUUUGGGUUUGUCAAAGGUGUCGGCAAGGGUAUGCUUGGACUCGCCACCAAACCGGCCAUUGGUGCUUUUGACCUUGCAUCCAAUGUGGCGGAGGGCGUCCGAAACACAACGACCGUCUUUGACGCCGAAGGUCUUGACCGAGUUCGGCUCUCAAGGUUCAUUGGCAUGGAUGGCAUCGUACGUCCAUUUUCACAAAGAGAAGCAUUAGGACAGUUCUGGCUCAAGACAUGCGACGAUGGCAAAUUUUUCAACGAGGAAUACAUUGCACACUUGGAGCUGGAGGGUCGAGAUAUGAUGGUGAUGAUUACCUAUGACCGGAUCUUGAUGAUCAGGACCAAGAAGUUACGCAUGGAGUGGGAUGUCCGCUUGACUGAUGUCCAGACCAUUAGCAAGGAGCGAACAGGAAUGAGCUUUGGCCUCAAAGGGGGGGCCAAUGGUCCUUUUAUUCCUGUUGCUGAUGAAGGCAGCCGCAAUUGGCUAUACCGACAAAUUGCAAUUGCUGUCAACGCCUUCAACGACAAAUAUAAUGCUAAGGGGUAACUAACUCAUGACAUCUAAUUACGACUGCCGGAUUCUACCCUGUAUGUACGAAUGGGAUCGGCUUCAGCAUAGCAUUGGCGUUGGUUUUAUUGCGAUUAGACAGUGUUUGUGGUUACUUUGGUCUGUGGUAUCCUUGGUCUGGCUCUGGGAGUGCAAAGCAUACAAGGCACAUCUGGAGGGUUGGUAAAUGUAGGAGGUAAUGGAAAAUAUUUCGAGCUUGUCCUGUUAUGGUCUUCAAUCCAUAUCAUUCCUUUAGUCCCUUUGUAUAUCUCAUCUUUGUCUUUGCUUCACAUA